UUUUUAGAAGAUAUUUUUGUAGACAAUAUUAUUUCCGAUUCAAAAUAUACAUGGUUGUCAACUAUUUUACAUAUGCUAAUAUACAACUUUUGAUCUUAAAAAAAAACUUAUGAUCAUUGUUAUCUUUAAUUAUUUUCCCAAUCCUUAAAAAAAAAAAAAAAAAAAAAAAUCAUCUUCCUUUCCAGAAGAAGAAAAAAUUGAAUCAUCUUCCUCACAAAGAAUAAAAAAUCAUCUUAGUUUAUAGUAUUACUUGAGAGAGAUAUGAUUGAAUGGGGACUUGAUAUUUGAGCUGUAUUCCCUUUUUCAGUUUCCACUAUUGAGAGCUAACUCCGUUAUAACGGAUACAUAAAAAAGUCAUAAAGUCAUAACUUUCAACUAACGGCGUUACAGCAUUGGGUGCGCAUUACCAGCGACAAGACAAGCCGAAGAAGAAGACUUCAGACAAAACCUUAAAUGACAACAACUUCCAAAUAAUUUCCUUAUUUUUCUCUCAAACUAUCUUCAUUUCAUUUUCAAUUUAAUUAACAGAAGGAGGUACGAUUAAGUUUUCUCAUUACAAAAUUAAGUUAUCAUGGGUUCAGUUUGUUGUGUUGCUGCAAAGGAUCAAACUCUUCCCAAUAGAACUGGAAGUGAAAGUUUUCACAGAAAUCCUGUGUGUUCACCUUCAUUGAGUUUUCAAUGGGAUAGAUGGGGCCGUGUUGCUAGUGAAAUUGAUGAUCUUUCGUUUCGCGCGUCUCGCAGAGUCAGCAGAAGUGUCAGCAUGGAGUUUAAGGGGUCUUUAAGUUCUGAUAGAGGAAAUUUAUCUGAUGUGGGGAGCACCCUGGAGAACUCUGUAACACCCAUGUCUCAGAAGUCGCCUAUUCAUGAGCAAUUAGGUGCAAAUCGGAUGACUCUAUCUUCAGAUCUAUCCAUGUCAAGUAAUUGUUCUACAGUGGCCAAAAAUCUGACAGAAUCACCAGAGAUCGCAGAAUCUUCAAUACCAAAUAUUUCUUUAUCAAUGCCCUCUUCUUUCUCAACACCUACAACCCGCAAUCUUAAUCGUCACAAUCUUCCUAGCCCAACACCAUCUAGAUGGGCUCAUCGAUCUCCAGGACACCCACUAUUGAGACAAAUUUCUGAUAGUCGAAUCCUGGGUCUGAAAUCGCCAGACAACUCUAUUUCUGAAGGAAGACCGUCAUUUGUGCUGUCCACUUGCAGCAAUGACAUGAUAGCUGGAUCCCAAUGUGGGUCAUCUGAUGGCUGGUCUAUGCGCACCUUUUCUGAACUGGUGGCAUCAUCUCAAAAGGAAAGGUGGUCAUUUGACAGUGAGCAUUUUGGUUCAGGUCGCCACAAGCUAAGUGCAACUAGUAGUAGGUUCUCGUAUUCUCCCACCAUGGAUUUACAAUCUUGCGGGGCCUGCUCCAAGCUCUUGACUGAGAGAACUGCAUGGAGCAGCCAGAAAUUCAUUUCCAACAACGACCUCUCAGUUGUUGCUGUGCUGGUCUGUGGUCAUGCAUAUCAUGCAGAAUGUUUGGAAACCAUGACAUCAGAAGCAGAUAGUUAUGAUCCAGCUUGUCCAAUUUGCAUGGUUGGAGAGAAGCACUUGUCAAUGUUAUCCAGAAAAAGUCUUAGGGCCGAAUCUGAAAUGAAGGCCAAGAACUACAAGAUAUCCCGAAACCGUGUAGUUGAUAGCUACUUUGAUGGCGGAUUAGAUGGUUAUGAUCGCCAAAAAAGUGCAGCUUCAAAAUUGGAGGCUAGCUCCAGUUCAAGGAGUUCAUUAAGAAAACCCUUCUUGAAGCGGCAUUUUUCAUUGGGAUCCAAGUGGAAUCGAUCCCUGUCUGAUAAUGAUUCUGCCAGGAAGAAGGGGUUUUGGGCAAGAUAUCGUAAAGAUUGAGCUUCCAUAACCGUAGCUGUUAGUUGCUGCAGCUCUCUAAUUAUAUUUGUAGCACCAACAAGUUAGAAUUUACUAUUUCUAUGUUGACUAGCUUUACUGAUAAUUAUAGAUUUAUUUUCAGUAUAUUUUUUACUCACGAGAAAUUUGCAUCAUGUUAUGUUGGUGUGGCUCAUUAAUAUUAGAUGAAGGAAAAUCAGAGCUAUCCAA